AUGCAGAGGGUCCCACCUUCCUCUCCUGCCUCUGAGUGUGCUGGAGAAGAGAAGCGAGUUGGUACACGCACAGUAUUUGUUGGCAAUCAUCCAGUUUCAGAAACUGAAGCCUACAUUGCACAAAAAUUUUGUGAUAAUAGAAUAAUCUCAUCUAAGUAUACACUUUGGAAUUUCCUCCCAAAGAAUCUGUUUGAACAGUUUAGAAGAAUUGCAAAUUUUUAUUUUCUUAUCAUUUUUCUUAUACAGGUCACAGUGGACACACCAACUAGCCCAAUUACGAGUGGACUUCCACUUUUCUUUGUUAUAACUGUUACAGCCAUCAAGCAGGGAUAUGAGGAUUGGCUGAGGCACAGGGCUGACAAUGAAGUCAAUAAGAGCACUGUUUACGUUAUUGAAAAUGCAAAGCGAGUGAAAAAAGAGAGUGAAAAAAUCAAGGUCGGUGAUAUAGUAGAAGUACAGGCAGAUGAAACCUUUCCCUGUGAUCUUAUUCUUCUGUCCUCCUGCACAGUUGAUGGAACCUGUUAUGUUACCACAGCCAGUCUUGAUGGGGAAUCCAAUUGCAAGACGCAUUAUGCGGUACGUGAUACCAUUGAACUGCGUACAGUCGAAUCCAUUGAUAACCUCAGAGCAGCAAUUGAAUGUGAACAGCCUCAAUCUGACCUCUACAAGUUUGUUGGCCGAAUCAAUAUCUAUAGUAAUAGUCUUGAAGCUGUUGCCAGGUCUUUGGGACCUGAAAAUCUCUUGUUGAAAGGAGCUACGCUAAAAAAUACCAAGAAGAUAUAUGGAGUUGCUGUUUACACUGGAAUGGAAACCAAAAUGGCAUUGAACUACCAAGGGAAAUCUCAGAAACGUUCUGCUGUUGAAAAAUCUAUUAACGCUUUCCUGAUUGUGUAUUUAUUUAUCUUACUGACCAAAGCUGCAAUAUGCACUACUCUAAAGUAUGUUUGGCAAAGUACCCCAUAUAAUGAUGAACCUUGGUAUAACCAAAAGACCCAGAAAGAACGGGAAACUUGGAAGGUUUUGAAAAUGUUCACCGACUUCCUGUCAUUUAUGGUUCUGUUCAACUUUAUCAUUCCUGUCUCCAUGUAUGUCACAGUAGAAAUGCAAAAAUUCUUGGGCUCCUUCUUCAUUUCAUGGGAUAACGACUUCUAUGAUGAAGAAAUUAAUGAAGGAGCCCUGGUUAACACAUCAGACCUUAAUGAAGAACUUGGUCAGGUGGAUUAUGUAUUUACUGAUAAGACCGGAACACUUACUGAAAACAGCAUGGAAUUCAUUGAAUGCUGCAUAGAUGGGCAUAAGUAUAAAGGUGUAGCUCAGGAGACUGAUGGACUCUCUCAAACUGAUGGACCGUUACCAUUUUUGGACAGAGCUGAUAAGAAUCGAGAAGAGCUCUUUCUGCGUGCCUUGUGUUUAUGUCACACUGUAGAAGUUAAACCAAAUGAUACUGUUGAUGGAGUUACAGAGUCAUCUGAAUUAACCUAUAUGUCAUCUUCACCAGAUGAAAUAGCUUUGGUCAAAGGAGCUAAAAAGUAUGGAUUCACAUUUGUAGGAGUUCAGAAUGGCUAUAUGAGAGUAGAGAACCAAAGAAAAGAAAUAGAAGAGUAUGAACUUCUUCACACCUUAAACUUCGAUUCUGUCCGCCGUCGUAUGAGUGUAAUUGUGAAGACUCAAUCAGGAGACAUACUUCUCUUUUGUAAGGGAGCCGACUCAGCAGUUUUCCCCAGGGUGCAAAAUCAUGAAAUCGACUUAAUUAAAGUCCAUGUGGAACAUAAUGCAAUGGAGGGGUAUCGGACACUUUGUAUAGCCUUCAAAGAAAUUGCUCCAGAUGAUUAUGAAAGAGUUAACAGACAGCUCAUAGAGGCAAAAAUGGCCUUACAAGACAGAGAAGAAAAAAUGGAAAAGGUUUUCGAUGAGAUUGAGACAGACAUGCAUUUAAUUGGAGCCACUGCAGUGGAAGACAAGCUACAAGAUCAAGCUGCUGAGACCAUUGAAGCCCUGCAUGCUGCAGGUCUGAAAGUCUGGGUACUUACUGGCGACAAGAUGGAGACUGCAAAAUCCACCUGCUAUGCCUGCCGCCUUUUCCAAACCAACACCGAGCUCUUGGAACUGACCACCAAGACGAUUGAAGAAAGCGAAAGGAAAGAGGAUCGAUUACAUGAGUUGUUGACUGAAUAUCGUAAGAAGCUGCUGCGUGAAUUUCCUAAAAGUACUAGAAGCCUUAAAAAAGCAUGGACAGAACAUCAGGAAUAUGGAUUAAUCAUUGAUGGCUCCACUCUGUCUCUUAUAUUAAACUCUAGUCAAGACUCUGGUUCUAACAAUUACAAAAGCAUUUUCCUACAGAUCUGCAUGAAGUGCACAGCAGUGCUCUGCUGUCGGAUGGCCCCGUUACAGAAAGCCCAGAUUGUAAGAAUGGUGAAGAAUUUAAAAGGCAGCCCAAUCACACUGUCGAUAGGUGAUGGUGCCAAUGAUGUUAGCAUGAUCUUGGAAUCCCAUGUGGGCAUAGGUAUUAAAGGCAAAGAAGGUCGCCAAGCAUCCAGGAAUAGCGAUUAUGCGGUCCCAAAGUUUAAACAUUUAAAGAAACUGCUGUUGGCUCAUGGACAUCUAUAUUAUGUGAGAAUCGCACACCUUGUCCAGUAUUUCUUCUAUAAGAACCUUUGUUUCAUUUUGCCACAAUUUUUGUACCAGUUCUUCUGUGGAUUCUCACAGCAGCCACUGUAUGAUGCUGCUUACCUUACAAUGUACAAUAUCUGCUUCACAUCCUUGCCCAUCCUGGCCUACAGUCUACUGGAACAGCACAUCAAUAUUGACACAUUGACCUCAGAUCCCCGAUUGUACAUGAAAAUAUCUGGAAAUGCCAUGCUACAGUUGGGCCCAUUCCUAUACUGGACAUUUCUGGCUGCAUUUGAAGGAACAGUGUUUUUCUUUGGGACUUACUUUCUUUUUCAGACUACAUCCUUAGACGAAAAUGGAAAGGUAUAUGGAAACUGGACUUUUGGAACCAUUAUUUUUACAAUCUUAGUAUUCACCGUAACUCUGAAGCUCGCCUUGGAUACUCGUUUCUGGACAUGGAUCAACCACCUUGUGAUUUGGGGUUCUUUAGCAUUUUAUGUAUUUUUCUCAUUCUUCUGGGGAGGAAUUAUAUGGCCAUUCUUGAAACAACAGAGAAUGUAUUUCAUAUUUGCUCAAAUGCUGUCAUCUGUAUCCAUAUGGUUGACCAUAAUUCUUCUAAUAUUUGUCAGCCUUUCCCCUGAGAUGCUCAGGAUUGUAUUAAGGAGUGUAAGAAGAAGAAGUACCAGGAAUCCGAAUCUUGAACUGCCUAUGUUAUUGUCCUACAAGCAUAUUGACAGUGGUUACAGAUAAAAGAGAAAGCAUGAAGAAACAACUUCAAAAAGUUAUCAUCUCAGGAUACUUGAUAUGCAACUAACUAAACCACUAUCUUAU